CCUGGAACGGAUGGGUGGGGCGACGGCCGGCCCCGGCGUGGAGGUCGUUUCUCCCCUGGCAACGCUCUAGGUCGCUCCUCGGCUGCCUCACGCCGUCCCCGGUGGCUUGGGCACGGCCGGUGUCGCGCUGUGGUCUGUGCCGGUGGUGAGAGUCGUAGGCCGGACUCGGGGAGACCCAGGAAGCCUAGCCAUGACGUCCUUCCUGAUGAAGCCGGGGCCUGAGGGAAGCCAGGCCAGAUUCCAGAUGCCUGCCGGAGGCUGGAGGAAGGAAGCCCAGGUCCUGGGUGCCGGAGGGAAGCCGGUGCCAGCAGCUGGGUGAAGGAAGGCCUACUCUUGCACAAUUUUCAUGCAUCGGGCCUCUAGUAUUAAAUAUGUUAACAAUAGGUAUCGUGAUGUUUUCUCAAGAGAGAAUUUCCUCUAUUACUAGAUUAUUAUCAUAAACAGAUGUUGGAUGGAAUAAAAUACCUUUUCUUGUUCGUUUGCCCUUCCUUUCACUUCUAAUAGUAAUUUCUAUAUUCCCUCUUUUCAAUUAUCUUGACUAGAUGUUUAUAAAUUUUUUUCAGUGGACCAACUUUUGGUGUUUUUUUCUUUCAUACUUGAAACAUUUUACUCCACUUUCUUCUUGUUUGCAUGGUUUCUGAGAAGAGGUCUGAUUUAAUUCUAAUCUUUUUUUUUUCUCUAUACUAAAGGAUGUUUCCCCUUCUGACAAGAAGAAAGAUGUAUUUUUUCAAUGUAUUUUCAUCUUUGAUUUUUCUCUAGUUUGGACAUGAUAUUCUUGGUUUGCAUUUCUGGUAUUUUUCAUGCAUAGCUUUCACUGAGCUUUUAAAAAAAUUUUAUUAUUUCUUGAUUUGAGAGUGAGAGAGAAACAUCGAUUUAUUAUUUCACUUAUUUAUGCAUUCAUUGGUUGAUUCUUGUAUGUCCCCUCACUGAAGAUUGAACCUGCAACCUUGGCGUAUCAGGACUACACUAACAAACUGAGCUACCCAGCCAGGGUAGUUCACUGGGCUUCUUAAUUGUACAAUUUGCUGACUAUGAUUAAUUUUAGUAGGAAAAUCUCAGUGAUUACUACUUAACUAUUUUUUCUGUUUGUCUUUUCCUUCAGGUAUCCCCAUUAUGUGCAUUUCAGUCUUCUGUAAUUGCUCCAACGGUUCAUGGAUAUUGUGUUUUGUGAUGUUUGUUCUUUUUGUCUUUGCAUUACAGGCCCUGACAGAAUAUUGGGGCUAUAUUUUAAAAUGCUGUUUUAUUUUCUCUUUUGCAAUGUUGAAGAGAGUGGCUUGAUUUUUACCUCAGUCCUCUGAUAGAUCUAAGAAAAGUUGUUCAUUACUAGUUUUUGUUUUGUUUUGCUUUUUCUACGAGGAUCCUGUGGCCAUUGAAGAUGUGGCUGUGAACUUCACCCUGGAGGAGUGGGCUUUACUGGAUACUCCACAGAAGAAACUGUAUAGAGAUGUGAUGAAGGAAACCUUCAGGAACCUGGACUCAAUAGGCCAAAACUGGGAAGAUCAUUACAUUGAAGAUCUGUACAAAAGCCAGGGGAGAAAACUAAGAAGUCAAAUGGUAGAAAGACACUAUGAAAGUAAAGAGGGCAAUCAACAUGGAGAAAAUUUCAGCCUUACCCCAAAUCUCAGUCUGAACAAGAAAACUACUGGAGUGAAGCCGCCUAAAUGCAGUAUAUGUGGAAAAGUCUUCAUGCAUUAUUUUUCCCUUAAUAUGCAUAUCCGAGGUCACAGUGGACAUAAACCAUAUGAAUAUCUGAAAUAUAGAGAGAGGCCAUAUAAAUGUAAGGUGUGUGGGAAAGCUUAUAUUUCUUCAAGUUUAUUUCAAAUACAUCAAAGGAAGCACACUGAAGAGAAAACAUAUACUUGUAAGGAAUGUGGGAAAGCCUUCCGUUUUCUCACCUCCUUUCAAAUACAUGAAAGGGUUCACACAGGAGAAAAGCAAUACGAAUGUGAGGAAUGCGGAAAACCCUUCAUGUGGCUCACAAGCUUUCGAAGACACAUGGCCAUGCAUACUGGAUAUGGACCUUAUAAAUGUAAACAAUGUGGAAUGGUCUUUAGAUAUCAUCAGGCUUUUCAAACACAUGAAAGGACUCACACAGGAGAUAAAGCCUAUGAAUGUAAGCAAUGCGAUAAAGCUUUCAAUUCUCAACGAGGUUUCCAAAUACAUCAAAGCUAUCACAAAGGAAAGCACCCCUAUGUAUGUAAACAAUGUGGAAAAGUCUUUAGAUAUCAUCAUACUCUUCAAGCACAUGAAAAGAUUCACACAGGAGAGAAACUCUAUAAAUGUAAGCAGUGUGGUAAAGUUUUCAAUUCUCAUCGAGGUUUCCAAGUACAUGAAAGAUAUCACAAAGGAGAGAAACCCUAUGAAUGUAAGAAAUGUGGUAAAGCUUUCAGUUCUCACCAAGGUUUUGAAAUGCAUGUAAGAAAUCACAAGGGAGAGAAGCCCUAUGCAUGUAAGGAAUGUGGUAAAAGUUUUAGUUGUUAUCGAGGUUUCCAAUUACAUGAAAGAAAUCACAAUGGAGAGAAACCCUAUAAAUGUGAAUGUGGUAAAGCUUUUGUUUACUACUAUGCCUUACAAUUACACAAAUCAACUCAUACUGCAGAGAAAUCCUAUGAAUGCAAGGAAUGUGGGAAAGUCCUCAGUAACCACAAAUGCUUAAAGAGACACGAGAAAUUGCACACAGGAGAGAAAUCCUAUAAAUGUAAGCAAUGUGGGAAAGCUUUCAUGCAUCUGUCAGGAUUUCGGACACACAUGAAAAUGCAUGCUGGAAAUAGACCUUAUCAGUGUAAGGAAUGUGGGAAGGCUUUCAUUUACCCAUCAGGUGUUAGAGCACACAUGAUGCAAGUACAUGUUGGAAAUAGGCCUUAUCAAUGUAAGGAAUGUGGGUUAGCAUUUUAUUUUCCCAGUACAUUACGCAGGCAUGAAAUGACUCACACUGGAGAGAAACCCUGUGAGUGUAAACAAUGUGGUAAAACCUUCAGAGAUCACAGUUAUUUAAAAAUACACGAAAGAAGUCAUACUGGAGAGAAACCCUAUAAAUGUAAGCAUUGUGGUAAAGCUUUUAUUUCUCAGCUAGGUUUCCAAGUACAUGAAAGAAGUCACACUGGAGAGAAACCGUAUGAAUGUGAGGAAUGUGGGAAAUCCUUCGGUUAUCCCAGUUCCUUCCGAAGGCAUAAAAAGACUCACAGUAAAAGUCCUGCUGAAUGUAAAUAGCAUAGGAAAGACUUCAGUCGAUCCACAUCCUUACAUGUGGGGUGGGGGUAGCUAUAAAUAUAUGAGUAACAUGAGAAAGCUCGAUGGAAAUUAAUCCAUGUGUAAUGUUCUAGAAAACUUUUAACAUGAAAGUUAUAAACUAGAGGCCUGGUGCACAGAGUCAUGCACUGGUGGAGUCCCUUGGUCUAGCCUGUGGGGAUCGGGCCAAAAUUAGCUCUCUGAAAUCCCUUGAGGAGUCCCAGAUUGUGAGAGGGCAGUUCUUGGGUGACACACCCCAGAAUCAGGCUCCCUUCUCUCUGGAUCCAGGUGCGUCGCCCGAAAAACCUCAGCUGCCAAGUCACCACAGCUUGGCAGCUCCUGUGUUGAGCAUCUGCCCCCUGGUGGUCAGUGUGCGUCUUAGCUGCUGGUCGAAAGGUCAGCCAGUCACUUAGGUUUUUGUAUAUAUAGAUGUAAGUAUAUUGUGUUUAUCAAGCCUCCUUAAAGUGCAUUGUUGGACUAUGGAUUUCUACUAAUUAUUUUCCAAGCUGAAUAUUCAGAUAACUCUGUAGCAUAUCAUUCAGCAAUAAUAUAUAAGAUUAUAGGUAGUGCUUUCUCCCCUCCCUUUAAAUCAGUUAAUAUUUCCAUUUUGAAACUUGAUGGAUUCAUAGAUGAAGUGUAUUUUUAAUAUGGAGUUGGGUUUAAUUUUUUCAUAAUGUAUUUGUUGUGUAUUAAGGGAAUAUUGAAAAAUUGAAAGUUUGGUUUUGGGGAUUUUCCUAUUGAUUUUGUGACAGUUCCUGGAUGUCCUUAGUCUAUUAUAUAUAUUCUACCUUUCUUAAUGAGAAAGCUCCUUUUGAGGUAUAGGAGUCUUUUUUCAUGUUCCACAUCAAUAAACCAUUGGAAUACAUUUUAUGUUAAGUAUA